UUCCAGCGGUUUUUGUUGCUGGACUUUUGUUGGGGUUGUGGGCUUUGGGAGGAGGAUGAAGAACGGAGAGUUUGUCGUCGGCAAGCUUCACGGGGUGGUGGGAGAUUGGUUGGUGGCGGGAUGGUUGGUGGAAAAAGGGGUCAGCAGAUCGGUUUGUUGAUGGGUUUUCGUGCGUGGUUUGAGUUGCUGUCGCGAAAAUUUUGCGCCGUGGAUUGGUUUUUGUGGGGUUUGGGUUUUGAUUGGUGGAGCUGUGGGGCUUUUCCAUGAUGUUUUGUUUCGAGGGCUUUUUUUGUGUGGAUUGUGUGUGAGUGUGGAGUUGUUUCUUUUAAGUGUAUACUGUGAGUGGGGUUUUGGUCUGGCUUGAUUGAAGUUGAGGUGGUGAAGGAGUUGGAUUUGGUUAUCGAGGAAGUUGCAAUUAGCCAUGGUUAGCAUAAGGAGACGCAGAUAUCUGGGGCUUUGCACUGGGAAAAGUUCUGUUCCAGUUGAGCUUCCCAAACCUGCUGAAAAUGGCAAUGCUGUGGAAAAUCCUAACCAGAAUGUCAAACCAUUCAGUGUGCAUCCUAUGCCUUCAGAUAAUUUACGCCUUCAAAAGCCGAUUAAUAUUUCUGAGGCUUUCCCUGGAUCUUCAAAUGCAUCUGGUUCAAGCUCCUCAAAGGAGGAGGCAAAUCAUUAUUAUCCAGGCAAACAAAUCAAACGCAGGAAGCGACACAGGAGAAAGCACUAUGAAGACCAAGAACCAUGCAUGAUGAGGGGUGUUUAUUUCAAGAAUAUGAAAUGGCAGGCAGCCAUAAAAGUUGACAAGAAGCAAAUCCACCUGGGCACUGUUGGAUCACAAGAAGAAGCAGCCCGCCUGUAUGACAGGGCAGCUUUUAUGUGCGGGAGAGAACCCAACUUUGAACUCUCGGAGGAGGAGAAGAAAGAACUAGGCCAGUACAAUUGGGAUGAGUUCUUGGAGAUGACGCGCAAUGCCAUCAACAACAAGAAACACCAGAAAAGGCUUGGUGCAGGAAGACAAAAGAAGCCUGAGAGCCAGUUGCAGAGUAGUGAUGGGGAGCAUGAGAGAGGCAUCCAUGGUUCAUCGGUGUCUGACAAUGGAGAUGCUGAUACAUCUGUCUAGUAGUCACCAUAGUGCAAGCAGGCCAAAGGCCAACGUACAACUGACCCAUAUUUUUGCUGCAGGGGUUAGUCUAUAUCUACAUCAUAUAUAGGUAGUUUUAUAGCUUAUAUUUCUCCAUUAAUUUGCUGUGUAUAAAGGCCCCUAUUAGGGCAAGCUGGUGAUGAUGAAACACAUUGAACCAUUUUCAACUAGUCAAUACAAGGCGGCAUUUGGAGCCUCUUACUCCUAAACUUUGUGUUUUAUCCUUUUGUCUAUGCACGCCUACUCUUAAGGUCAGUUAAUAAAAUCUGGUUGCAGCCCUGGGGUGUCUUAAACCCAGAAGAUUAA